AUGCCUAGAAGCGCACCAAAAAGCAAGAAUCCAGUCGGUCGUCCACGCAAAGAUGGUCUCCCAGCGGGCUAUUACAAACAUAAGAAAGUCGCCCAAUCGCACUCAACAGCGCUCAGUACAACUGCCUCGGAGGUUACUGGACAGAUUGAGAAACGACCUUGCCGCCAACCACGCAAGAACGAUACCUUGCCGGGUUCCAAGUGGGUUAGGAAGGCGUCGGCCGCGGCGCCUACCGUCCAGUCGGCACCACAAACAGCGUCUGAAGAUUCGCUAUCUAUAUCACCGCCACUACUGCCACCAUGGCACACUCCUUCUAAAAUACAUAUCGAUACAAGACAUAAACCAAAAGCAGGGUCUUUCACCGAUCCUGCAAUCGACGACUUCUACGAUACACACGUCUCUACUCCUUCAGACACGGUGACGGAGUUUGAUGAUGAUACAGAUGAACGAGAUGGGGACACUGAAGACACAGAUACGGAGAUGUUUAGAUUAGAAGGUACUGAAAGGGUACUAAGGAGAUUUAGACUUGACGACCAGAGGAAGAUGUUUCCGUUGGUAGAAGCUGAGAACGAUCCAUUAACGGAGGAAGAACUAAAAGUAGAAGCACAAACAGAAGAGCAAAGACGAGAGGCAUCACGUCAACGCCAGAAGAAAAUGUGUGAAGCUCACGGCUGUUACAACUCGGAUUGCCGAUUGAAUCAUGUAAGGAGAGCGAAUCUGGAUCUUUUCUUACAAGGUCUCAAUCAGCGUACGAAUGAGUUGGACGAGCUCACAAGCCAGCUGCACGAGAUCAGGGAGGCAGUUGCAGAGACGGCGGCACCAAUACGCGAUGCGACAGCAGUAGAAAGAGGAGCGCCAUCCGCGUAUGUCAUGGAAACAGAGACGAACCAUGAAAGCGAAUUCGAGACAUUAUUUUCUGCUAUCAUGCAAGGCCGUGUGGAGGAACCAGACACGUCAGCCUAG